AUGGCGACUUUUAUGUCCGCCGCCGAAAGACCUCCUCUGCCCGGAGACCAGGCCAGGCAUCGCCGCCAGUACAAGGAUGCGCUUGCGUGUGAAGACUGCCGCAGGCGGAAGAGGAAAUGCGACGGAGCUCGGCCCAUCUGUGGGACCUGUGCGAAGAGGAAGGCCACCGUUCCGUGCAUCUAUACCUCGCGGAGGGGCACUGAUGAGUCGAAUUCACGAUACGUCCAACAGCUGCUCGAGCGCAUAAGCCAUCUGGAAAGCAAUUUCAACCCCAUUGGGGAGCCCAAUUUUCCCCAGCGUCCCUCUGGCAACCCACACCAAGCUCCCUUUGAGCAGGCCUGGGUGAAGCCUAAUGAGCAUCCCCAACAAGCUCCCCCAAUCCACGGUCCUGCCUCCAUACCAGACAGCCAUUCUCAGACAGCCAUCAUAUCAGACUAUCCAGUUGCCUUACCGUUGUCUCCCACGGGAGAUGCUGAGGACUCGGACAACAAUGAGUUUCCUAUCAAUGGUCGCGUCGACGCCAUGGGCGCCUGUUCCGGCGACGCAAACGAUGAAGUAGUCGGUAACGCUCCUGAAGGCCGCGUUUACUUUGGCAUAUCAUCGACCCUCAGCUUCAUGAAUCAAGUUCAAAAUGUCCUUGACAUGUCGGUGGAAAACCCUCUUGGUGAAGAACCCGACAGUGAGAUAACCGAAUCGCCCACGCUUUUCGACCUGUCUUCAGAAUCCCACUCCUCGCACAGAGGACAGACUUCACCCGUGUUGCAUGCAAACGGUCUCCGACAAAUUCGAAGUCGUCGCCGAGUUCGAUCGCAAUCAAAGUAUGACGUGUUUUCACUCCCAUCGCGGCAGGACGCAAACGAUCUCGUUGCAUCGUAUUGGAAAUGGGUUCAUUGCCUCUACCCGUUUCUAAAUCGAGAAGCCUUCGACGGUCGCUACGAAGAGUUGUGGUCCCCGUCCUCCCGUGAUCCCCUGGCUCAUCAAUUUGCGCAGUAUCAGGCCCAGUAUCCUUCCAUGAAGAGUAGAGAGACACAAAUACGUCUCUUCAAAAGAGCUGUGCGUUCGGAGAAUGUCCUCUUUCACUGCAUUGUCAACCUGGUGUUUGCACUCGGCUCUCAAUUUCAUUCUGAUAUUGACCCAGCCGAGAGAGGCAUCCAUGGUGACGCAUUCUACCAGCGAGCAAAGCGACUUCUGGAGCUUGACUUCAAUAUCAUGGCCCAUGGCUGUGUGCAAUUGGUCCAGACGUUCUUGUUGAUGUCACAGUACAUACAGACCAGCGAGAUGUCUGGAGGGUGUUGGAAUUGCGUCGCAACGGCUACUCGAGCUGCGCAGACUAUUGGCUUACAUCUCGAUGCCCAACUUCCUUCUCGGUCUGAGCUUCCACUCGACCGCAAAAAGGAGAACGAGAUUAAUUUGAGAAGGCGUCUGUGGGGUGGUUGUGUGUUUUUUGACAGAAUAUUGGCCAUGACGUACGGCCGACCCUCAAUGGUUGAAUCGAAUCUCUCUGCCAAAUGGUCUGCAGCAUUCUCUGCGCUGUCAAAUGAACCCGCUCCUUCCCAGGUUGAAACGGAUGCUGCCAAUUUGUGCAACUCUGCAGACUAUCUCGCCUUCUAUUUCCAGACUCUCAAGCAUGCGGAGAUCCUCAAGAUGAUCGUCAGCACUUUCUAUCGCGAGGCCGAUGGCAGUUCAUUGCCGCUUGACCGCUCCCAACAACCUGGCGAACCCGGCGCGGACAGCUUCGCCGGCCACAAGCAAACUAGGAAACUUACCCCUGCCGAUGUCCAGGCACUGUUGGAGCUGGAGGAUUCCUUGAGAGCUUGGCAAGAGCAGUUGCCCGAUCACCUGCGGGUUGCUUCAUCUCCCGACAAACAGCUUCACGUUGCCACAACUCGUCCCGUAAAUAGCGAAAUCAUGAAGGUAUAUGCAAGGCAAGCAAACGUCCUCCAAGCUCGCUAUCUCCACUCCCGCAUCAUGCUGUUCCGGCCGGCUCUUCUCCAGCUGUGCGCUUUAAGUCAAUCCAAGGCACGCGGCCACGAAACUGAAGAAGUUAGGAUGUCGGAAUUGCAGCAUGUAGUGGUUGUUCAAGCGGCCACCAUGUGCAUUUCCGCCGCCCAUGAUUUGACGGACCUGAUAUACUACCACAAGGGACUGGACAAUGAAGUGUUGCCAGAGUGGUGGUACAAUGUCUUCUACAUUUACACCUGCGCCACCGCUCUCCUGGCAGCCCAGCUGUGCAUGCAUGCGUUUGAGCUGCUAGGUAGCGUGCCACUGAGGCAAAGCUGGGAGAAGUGCUUGGAAAGCUUGAAAAUGUAUCAAGUCCGCAGUGUCUCUGCGCAGCGCUGUCUUCGGGUGCUGGAGUUGAUCGACCAGCGACUCCGGACCAGACGAGCAGGGUUAAGCUCCCAAUCCGCAGCUGGCUCCGCGAGGCAAUCUGCUGCGAAUCAUGCUGGCUCGGACGCUGGCGCGAACAACACCCGAAGACAUGAUCAUGCAACAGGAAAUAGGGACGUUGAAAGAGGCGCAAUGCCAGACAUGAUUCCAACCACCUCCGUCAACAUUUCAAAUCAGCACCAGCAUCUAGUGCCAGGUAUGUCUGCCGAACACAUGGACAUGUCUAUGAACCUGUCGCCUGAUUUGGGCAUCGGCAUGAAUGAGAUUGUGGCGGACUGGAUGCAGAGUCCGCUGGAUCUCGAGUGGUUGACCUCAGCGCCAUUCGAGAUGGAAUUCGACGGACCAAUUGCGGAUGUGUUCGUGGGAUAG